UGAAUUGGAUGGAGGUGUAUGAGUGAUCACCCAUGGCCCCUGCUGCAAGGAAGUCCGCGGCGUCUUCCACGUCGGCGGAGAUAGCUUUCUUGAGUCAACUCAAAAGCUGUCUGGUCAACCUACCUUCAACCCUUGUAGGUAUUUUGGUCAAUGCAAAUACAGCUGCCCAAAAUGUCAUUGUGGAACUGUCCUUCCGCCAGCAAACGGGCCGAACCGGUGCUGCCGAGACUUCCUCCCAACAAAGAUCCGUAUACGUGGGAUGGACUGGGAUGCCUAGCAAACGCAAGGCCGCGCCAGUAAUCACUCGUGAUGGUCUAGCUGGUGGCCGACACUCAGGGUCUGUCCGAGAUCAAGAUAUAGCUCUGGUUGAAAUUGAUGCUACUCUCGGCCGCCUGCUUGGCCUUGAAGAUGGGCAAAAGGUUGGAAUCACAUUGCACUUGGAUCCACCUCUCGUUCGUACCGUCAAUAUUGAACCUCUUACCACUGCAGACUGGGAAAUGAUCGAGCUUCAUGCUACCUUCCUCGAGCUCAAUCUUCUUUCACAGAUACGAGCGCUUCCUAAUCCGUCAUUCGAGCCCCCAAAUGGAAUCCCGCCUCAGCAGCCCCACCCCCUCUCACUUCAUCUUUCUCCGACAUCUACCGCCAGUAUACGCGUGCUGUCGCUAACUCCAAGUCCUCCUUCGUCGUCGCCUUUUGCGAAAAUCGCACCAGAUGCAGAAGUCAUUGUCGCCCCAAAGGUUCGUCAAAGACAGUCUCGAGGCGGCGGUCGGGAUAGCCAGAGCGUCGCAAGUGCCGGUGGCCGAAGCGUUAGUGGCAGGAGCGCCGUGAGCGCUGUACGCCAGCGGAACCCUCGUGAGGAGCCUUCCGGCAAAGGAGCUUUAUUUUUCCGCGGAGUGGAUCGUGAUAUAGCGAUGGAAUAUUUUGACGACGAGCCUGAAAACGGAAAUGAAGGAUUGAAGGUCUGGGUUGAUAAAGAUGCUUUGUUCUCAAAGGCAUUAAAAGGAAGCACUUGGGUUUCUGUUUCCGUGGUUCAACCUGCAGGCAUUCGCGCGCCAAACCUCCAGUCUCCUGGACAAGCUGAACUCGGCUCGACCAAACCCACGGAAAUUGCCUCAAAGGUUGUUGCAAGAAUCUUGCCAUGGCUCGAUGGCCCUGAUACUCAGCAUGCUGUACUUUCGACGCCAUUAUGUGAGGCUCUGCGUGUCGAGAGUUUUGUAGGAGGCAUCAUAAGGAUAGAGGCCGCACCACCGCAGACUCCAAAAGGGAACUUGAGAUCGCUCACCUUUACUCCCUUCAGUACUACCUCGUCACGCCAAGGGGAAGGUUUGAAAUUUGGAGGACAAUCACAGGAGGAAAAUGAAGAAGUUUCGAGGAAGCUUAAAUCCAUACUGGGUCCGGGACCCAAUCAAGGUCACAGCAUACUUGAAGGCCCAAUCACAGAUGGUCUCUACAUUAGCAAAUCCAAUUUUCAGGGCGAAAGUCUGGACUUCGAUGGUGGAAUUCUAAGAUUUGAGCCCCAAACAGCAACUUCCGAUCCAAUGAAAGCGCCGUGCGCUUGGGCACUGGGAUCCGAGCGCAGUCUACACAUAGAAAUACGACCAGAAGUUCUAGCUCCUCCGGCCACACAGCUAACCAAUGCAGCGCCUGACGAAGCCCUACCGGAGCGUCCGCCGCAUAUGGUUGGUAUUGAUAAGUUAAUUGAUCAAAUCCUGGGACAUCUCUCACACUCUUCCUCUGUGUUGCUGACAGGAGGCCUUGGAUGUGGGAAAACAUCCCUAACUCAUCUUUUGUCUCACGAGCUGCGGCAAAGCUUGCUCUAUCACGCAACCUACUUCCCAUGCAAAAAGCUUGUCACGGAAGAGACACGCGUCUCUACAAUCAAGGAGUCCCUCAAUGCCCUGUUCAUGACAGCUUCCUGGGGCGCCCGCUUAGGUGGUCGGUCUUUGGUUGUUUUAGAUGACGUGGAUAAGUUAUGUCCGGUUGAGACAGAGCUCCAAGUAGGCGGAGAAAAUGGCCGUAGUCGCCAGAUUAGCGAAAUCGUCUGCUCCAUUGUGAAGCAGUAUUGCUCGAUGGAGUCUGGUGUUGUUUUAUUAGCAACGGCUCAGGCGAAGGAGAGCGUCAACAAUCUGCUUGUUAGCAACCACGUCGUUCGAGAGAUCAUUAGUCUCAAAGCACCUGACAAAGAGGGCAGACGGAAGGUGCUGGAAAUGCUGGUAGCGCAGGACCACGGAUCCAAGAAAGCCGCACCGGACAAUGCUGUUGAUAGUAGACCUCCCUCAUCUCAGGAAGAAGAUGGCAUGUGGAUGGACGGUCUAAGUACUAGCAGUCGCCGUAACUCAUCAGACGGCGCCGGAGGGUUUGUGGUGGAAAAGGAUAUUGAUUUCCUUGACCUUGCAGGGAAGACCGAUGGGUACAUGCCGGGCGAUUUAGUUUUACUCGUCUCUCGUGCGAGAAGUGAAGCACUCAUUCGAUCGAUUGUCCCAGCCAAAGCCAGCUCCGAUAAAGAGACGAUAAAACUAGGAAUCGAUGACUUUACUCGAGCACUGCAAGGUUUCACACCUGCAUCUCUAAGAAACGUGUCGUUACAGUCUUCCACGACGACGUUUGACUCAAUUGGAGGUCUUCAUUACACUCGCCAAACUCUUCUGGAGACGCUACAAUAUCCCACCACGUAUGCUCCUAUCUUCGCCCAGUGUCCUCUCCGACUCCGAUCGGGUCUUCUUCUCUACGGAUAUCCAGGUUGUGGGAAAACGCUCCUUGCAAGUGCAGUUGCGGGAGAGUGUGGUUUGAAUUUUAUCAGCGUCAAGGGACCCGAAAUCCUGAACAAAUACAUUGGCGCCAGCGAGAAGAGUGUUCGGGACCUAUUUGAGCGCGCACAAGCAGCCAGGCCUUGCGUUUUGUUCUUCGACGAGUUCGAUAGUAUUGCACCCAAAAGAGGUCAUGACUCAACUGGUGUUACAGACCGAGUUGUCAACCAACUGCUUACUCAGAUGGAUGGUGCAGAAGGCCUUUCAGGUGUCUACGUACUGGCCGCAACAUCUAGACCGGAUCUCAUUGACCCAGCUUUAUUGCGCCCUGGUCGGCUCGAUAAAUCUCUGAUUUGCGAUCUUCCUAGUUUUGAAGAUCGAUUGGACAUACUUAAGGCGUUCAGCAAGAAGAUCAAGAUCAGCGAGAACAUACUUCACGGAUCUAGCGGUCAUGGCGACUUUCAUGAAGUGGCACGGCGGACGGAAGGUUAUUCCGGAGCCGAUCUUCAGGCAGUAGUAUAUAAUGCCCACCUCGAAGCAAUCCAUGACGUUUUAGACGCAGACGAGGAAAAGGCCGGCAACAGCAAGCAAAAGAAACGGCAAGAAAAACCAAGUCGCGCAUCGGCGCAACAGGACUUUAUACAGUUUAGAUUCGCAGAGGGCGAGGAUGAGGAUGUUUCUGUCUCUAGCAAAAGGUCCCAAGCUGCCUCCCGUGCUGCCAUCAUUGCAAAGCUUGACGCCUUGAAACAAGCCCGGCGGCAUCAAAGGCAACUAGCCGACCCCGGAUCACAAGGGCGUGUCCAUGAAAGUGCGGCCGUCUCUGCUCCUGGCAACGUGCAACAUGAGUCCACUGAAGUGGUCGUUCAUUGGAAACACCUGGCGGCAUCCCUCGCAACCACAAGAAGCUCCAUCAGUUCGACAGAGCGAAUGCGACUAGCGGCCAUUUACAAUGAAUUUGUCGUUGGGCGUAAUGGCGAGAUGCCCAGCGGUCAGGCGCCGACUGAAAUCGGCGGCAGAAGCAGUCUGAUGUGAUUAUCAGUCUUCCCCUUCCUUUCCAAUUUUUUUAAUGUUUCAUUCAUAGAACGCGAGUAUUCUCCGAGGACAUUUCUAUUUCAUUGUGUCUAGUGGCAUAUUACUUGUUUCGAAUGGAGCGUGGCAAAAAGUGUAUUUUUCGGACAGAUACCCCGCAACAUGUAGCGUGUA